UGGACCCUGCCAGCAUCAACCCCGCAGCAGAACGAAACAAUCAUACUGACCUUAGGUAAUCACCCUGUCUAUCAAGGGCGUGCUUCCAAUCUCAUCAAGUGAAUGGCAAUCGUCUUUCUCUUUGCACCAUCUCGUCAUAUUCUCCAUCUCACCGGUAGUUACCAAACGAACGUAACAAGGUAUCACCGCAGCCAUGUCGAGGUCCAAGAAGAAGACCGAGGAAACCUUCCGUAAAAUCAUCAACAACUGCAACGCGGGCAACGAGGCCGGCCUGGAAUUCCUCCUUCACAUGAGAUGCGUCAGAUUUAACGGAGAAGAUUGCCUCACUGGCGAUUUUGCACAUCGCCUAAACCGACCCUUGGGGACAAACAGCACCAACGUAGUGAAGAUCGACACGAUUCUCGUUGGUGGGUUCUCCUCAAACCUUGCCGCCCGUCUUAUCAACAGAACAACACUGCGAGACUCUGGUACGGUCUUUGAGUAUGCGGAAAUUGUCUUUGCUGAGUUCAUGAACGAUUCCCUCUUCGGAUGGCGUUCAUUACGGGACGAGGUCGCGGUUUUCAGUCGGGAAUUCUCAGCGGUUCCCACGACGCCCUCGCCGGCGCCGGCGAGUCAGCCAUCGUCUGAAACGUCAGUGCAAGACAUGAAGGCGUUCUAUCAGAGAUACAUCAAGUGCAUCAACGACAGAACAAUGUCCCGGAAUUUCACCCAGUUCUGUCAACCAGAGUUGAUCCACAACGACCGCAAGUUUUCCAUCGCAGAGUACAUACCCCUCAUCAGCGAGAGCCAAGACGCAAUAGACGACCUGUACUUUGAAAUCGACGAAAUGGUCGCGGAGGAAGAGAUGCAGCAGAUUGCGGCGAGACUCAAGUUCACGGGGACUCCCAUCAAGGAGUGGGGAGGCGUGAAGCCCAAUGGCAAUGAAGUCGAGUUUCAUGAGCAUGUAAUCUAUCAGUUGGUGGACGGGAAGAUCUCGAGGGUGUCGUCGGUUAUAGAGUUGGAUGUGUAUCGCCAGCAGAUGAUGUGACCUCAGCGGGAAGGAGUCUAAUGAGAAAUAAAGACAUUCAAAC